AUGAUUAACUUAAGUUAAAUACUAGAAGGAGACAAUGGAGAGAUCACGUUUUGUGAGGAUGCCAGUCAAGUCGAUUUGGAAGAUAUUCUCCAAGAGGAUGACGAGAUGAGAGAACAACUCAAUCAUUUGAAUAGCGAUUCCCAGACUCUGGAAUGCAAUAAUCAGAACAAUGAAUCAUUCAUUUGCGAUCAAGAGGAAUUCAUUUCCCCAAUUCAAAUUAUGACUCUGGGACACCAAUCCAAAACCUUUGGCAUCUCAACGAAUUAUCUGAUCAAUUAUUGGGAACCCUAGCUUGCAUUGUUUUCCAAUAACAAGAAUUGCAAAACCAUUCAAAUUUAGGAUGUAUCAUACAUUUCAGUCAAGGGACAAAUUAUAGCUGUCGGAUUUGAGACUGGCCUAAUUCACAUCUAUGAAGGAAGUCAAUUAAAAUUGUUAUAUAAAAUACAAGAACAUCAAACCACAAUAAUAGGUUUGAAUAUAGUCGAUGUGCAAGCCAAUGAAGUAGUGAUUGCAUCGUCGGAUCUGGAUGGCAAUGUCAAAUUGAUUAGAGUCGGUCAGAACUUAUUCAGAAGUAAAAUUGUAACCAAUACCAUAUUGAAUAAGUUUGAGUACCCAGUCACCUAACUAAUAUCAUAGCAAUUCAAAUACUCAGAUACCGAUAAAACCAGUUUAUUAUUAACUCUGGCAAACAGCAACAUGGUUAUAACACUCUCCAUCAAUCCUGAAGUGAGGGUAGUACAUGUUUUUGAUAAACAGAAAUCAAACAAUGACCUCCAUUGGGGUAAAUGCCAUCAUGAAGGCAAUCAAAUAUAAUUGCUAUCCAUCCAAUGGAACUCAUUUAUUUAAUUGAUCACCUUCUUGGAAAAUUCCCCAUGGUAUUUUUCAUUCUAUUCUGCUGAUACUCCUCUAAUCGGAGCUAAAUUCAUCUCCGAAAACCUAAUCCUUGCUGCCACCGAAGGGUAAUUUCAAGUCCUUUACAUACCUUAUUUCUCAAAAGGCAAAUAUUGUUUUAAAUCUGACAGCAAGGCUAAGAUUUCUAACACCCACUUCCAUCAAAACAUAUAUUGUCUAAGAGUAAUAAGCAAUGUAGUCUACUUCAUAUCAGAAAAUAAGUUGUAUUCAUUGCACGCAUUGAGUUGGUUACAAUAUCUGAAAUCGCUAAUACAAAAUGAUACUCCACAAUGGUCAGUGGCAUUGAAAUUUCUUAUCCAAGUCUACAGAGGCAAGGUUAAAGGCAUGCCCAAUCUGGAAUUGGAUGAAGAUAGAAGUGCAAUCCAAACUUUGGCUCCUACUCUAAUUACUAGUAUUACUAAUUCGAAGAUGAAUAGAGAGUUGAUAUCAGCAGUCGUGUAGUUUAUUCUUCUUUGUUAAAUCCCGUAGCAUUUAAUUAUCGUAAGAUAAGGAUGUGAGAAAUAAUAGAUUUUGGAUGACUAUUACAGAGUGUUAGAACUACAUCUAAAGAAGAUCACUUAAUUGCCCAAAGAAAUAUUCUUUGAUUUGGCAAACAAAUUCUCUCCUGAGUCAUUCCAAUAAUUGGUAAUCAAUUUGGAUUUAAAUUCAAUUGAUAUCGGAUAUACAUACGAUGUCUGUCUGAGUAAAGAGAUUUACACUCCAUUAUUGUACAUUUGUCCAAGAAAAGAGGAAGAUUUUCUAACGCCCUUGAAUAAAAUGUUCGAGAAACAUAAAUAGGAACUAUAUGAAAAAUGUUUAUGGUUUAUAGAAAUCACAUAGAAGUAAAUUCUGUUUCCUAACGAUCAGAUACCAUUGGAAAUUUGGAAGAAAGCUGUUAGAUAAUAGAUGUUGUGGUUGAUGGAAGUGUUAGACGUGUUCUAAAGUGACAAAUUGUUCCAAAUCCUAACCACUUAUCUUAAAUAACCUUGUUUUGGUGCAUUGCAUCAUGAAUCAGUGUACUCUUAUUUCAACAUCACUUAAGAGAACUUAUUGGCAACCAAGAUCUUUGAAUAAGUAAGCAGCAUCAAAUAAUAGUAUUUACUUUAAUAUCUAUUGUUUAUCAGUAAGAUAAUUGAUUAGAUCAAAGUCAAAGACUCAGAGAAAUUAUUAUUACAGAUCUUUGAAAUUAAUAAAUCAUAUAUUGAUAACUAUGUAGCCAUGCCUGAAGAUUUAGAUCAGAUCUUACAAAUGAUUUAUUAUUUGAUGCCUCACACCUCAUUAAUCGAGUAGGCAUACGAAAGCAAGUGUGUUGAUUAUAUUGCUUAUUACUUCUUAUCCCAAAAUCAGUUCAACGAAGCCAUCAAAAUAUUCUUUGAUUAUGAAGAAUUCAAACUUCGAGUCUACAAAUGGCUUGAAUACCAAUCCUAUGAUCCGUUGAUGUUGGAUCAUCUGGAUAAGCUACUUGAAUUAGAUCCUGAGAAGUGUGCUAAAGUCUUUCAAAGUUGGCCUAUUGAGACCUUACAAAAACUCAUCAUUUAUCAACCAAAAAAGGAAUUGUUGCACGUAUUCAAAUAUCUGUCCAUUGAUCUUUCGCCAUUUCUCCAAUUGAAAUUGAUUGAAUUGAUUAGUAUACAUGAACCUGAAAACACCAUUCCAUGGUUGAAGAACAGAUAAUACUAAUUGGAAGACGUCGAACAAAUUUUCCAUUAAACCAACAAUAUCGAAGGAUUGGGAUACAUUAUGGAAUAAAAAGGACUCUAUCAAUAGGCUAUUGAUAACUACCUUUAAGUCUAUAAAGAGGAAUCUAGGAAUUACAUUUUGUCAUUUAGGAACUAAGAUCGAGUAUCCUAAUUGUUCCAGAACCUUAUGAGAGCAACUAAGAUUGCUGUCUAAUCUGAUGAUUAUCACUAAGAUUUGUACUUGUAUAUAGCACAUCAAAUCUUCAAUCCUUCGAUGCAUUAAACUCAUUGGUGUAAACUCAAGCGAUCCUUUGUUUUCAAUCAGCAAUUUAGUUAGCUCUUUAUGAAUUUAUUCCGUUACUCUCCUACAGAAUUAAUUAAAAUCAUAGAGAUAAAUCAUGAGACAUUCAACCAAGUUCAUUUGAAGAGUAGUUUUAUUACAGUUUUUAAGGAAUUUGGAUAUGAAAAACAAUUAGUUGAAAAGAUAUCUAAGAUAAUUAGAAAUGAUAACAUCAAAUUGCUUAAGUUACUGUAUUCUUUGAUGAACAAGUCAAAUCUAUAUGAAAUAAUAUGCUAUUCUGCUAAAGUGUGGUCACACAAUGCAUCCAUUUUGCCUGGAAAACAAAUAUUGUCCGAUUUGUUAAAAUAUCUCAACUUAAUCAUGUACCCUUAUGAAUAUAAAUUUAUAGUGCUUGAAAGUAUUGGAGUAGAAGAAUUAAAGAAAUCUAUCUUAAAGUCUAAAGUAGACAAUUAAUAGUUGCAAUUGUUGAAGAAUGUCGAUGACAUCGAUUUUGAAGAUAAUUUCAUUUCAUCAACCACUUAAGAUGACAAAGAAAUGAUGGAAUUGAGGUUGCUAAAUAAAAUGGAUAUAUAUGACUAGUUAAUUGAUUCUGGAUUGCAAUAGUACAAUUCAUUUCUGGAAUAAUAUUAUUGA